CCGCCCGCCAGACUUUGGCAGUUCUAGCGCCCGCGGUGCUCUCCGGGAUCCGACGUUUGUCGGCCAGACAGCAUUUCCUUCGUGCCAAUCAACGUUGUCGCGCAAGAGAUAAAGUCGGAGGAGGUUAACGAACUACUCCAACGCGCCACUGGCAAGGAAAUCGUCUUCCUCUUCUCCACGAUGUACAGAACCAAAGUGGGCUUGAAGGACCGCCAGCAGCUCUACAAGCUGAUCAUUAGCCAGCUCCUCUAUGAUGGCUACAUCAGCAUUGCUAAUGGCCUCAUUAAUGAAAUCAAGCCUCAGUCUGUCUGUGCACCCUCGGAGCAGCUCCUGCAUCUCAUCAAACUAGGAAUGGAAAAUGACGAUACUGCAGUUCAGUAUGCAAUUGGUCGUUCAGAUACAGUUGCCCCGGGCACAGGAAUUGACCUGGAAUUUGAUGCAGACGUCCAAACUAUGUCCCCAGAGGCUUCAGAGUACGAAACAUGCUAUGUCACAUCCCAUAAAGGACCGUGCCGCGUGGCCACCUACAGUAGAGAUGGGCAGUUAAUAGCUACUGGAUCUGCUGAUGCUUCCAUAAAGAUACUUGACACAGAAAGAAUGUUGGCCAAAAGUGCCAUGCCAAUCGAGGUCAUGAUGAAUGAGACUGCACAACAGAACAUGGAAAACCACCCAGUGAUCCGAACGCUUUACGACCACGUGGAUGAAGUCACAUGUCUCGCUUUCCACCCGACAGAACAGAUCCUUGCCUCUGGUUCAAGGGAUUAUACUCUUAAAUUAUUUGAUUAUUCCAAACCAUCUGCAAAAAGAGCCUUCAAAUACAUUCAGGAAGCUGAAAUGUUACGCUCCAUCUCUUUUCAUCCUUCCGGAGACUUUAUCCUUGUUGGGACUCAGCAUCCUACUCUUCGGCUUUAUGAUAUCAAUACAUUUCAGUGUUUUGUCUCUUGCAAUCCUCAAGAUCAACACACCGACGCUAUAUGCUCCGUGAAUUACAAUCCUAGUGCCAAUAUGUAUGUAACUGGUAGCAAGGACGGCUGCAUCAAGUUAUGGGACGGUGUUUCCAAUCGAUGCAUCACAACUUUUGAGAAAGCCCAUGAUGGUGCUGAAGUCUGCUCUGCCAUUUUCUCCAAAAAUUCUAAAUACAUUCUCUCCAGUGGGAAAGACUCUGUAGCCAAACUUUGGGAGAUAUCAACAGGACGGACGCUGGUCAGAUACACAGGUGCCGGCUUGAGCGGGCGGCAGGUGCACCGGACGCAGGCCGUGUUCAACCACACCGAGGACUACGUACUGCUGCCGGACGAGAGGACCAUCAGUCUGUGCUGCUGGGAUUCUCGCACAGCCGAGCGCCGGAACCUGCUCUCCCUGGGCCACAACAACAUCGUGCGCUGCAUUGUGCAUUCGCCCACCAACCCCGGCUUCAUGACCUGCAGCGAUGACUUCCGAGCACGGUUUUGGUACCGGAGAUCAACCACGGACUAGCCCGCCUCCAAGAUAUGGGGUUCUUUUCUCGACUGUGCCCCUCCUGCCCCUGCAUCCCAUCACCAGCUCCAGCUCCGGUAGUAAGUCACUGCACCACCUGGCAGUCAUGCUGCCACCUCUCCAUCCUUCUUGGAUUUGUACAAAAGAAUCUUUUUUUACCUUGAUGUAGAAUCAUGGUGGGAAAAGUUGGAAACGCAGAUCUGUGCGGUGGUUCUGCAUUCACUGAUUAUUACAGUGUGAUUUUCAUCGGUUUUGUAAAUACAGGACUUGCCAUUUCUCUUGAAUCUCUUGAUCAUUUGAAGAAGGAUAGAGUAUUAAAGUGCUUUCUAGAUCUCAA